AUGAUUGCUAAUAGAGGUUUUCAAUGUCCUCCAUUAUCUAGCGAUUUACAAGUAAAAUAUGUUCAAAAAUAAAUUUUGAUUGUACUAAAUGACGAAAUGUUAAACGCAUUGUAUUGAUAUUACAAAGUAACUUAUUUGUUUCUUUUUUUUUGAUAUUCGAUGUAAAAUUCACUAAAACUACCGACGAUAAGAAUUUACAUUUUCAUUUAACAAUAACAAAAAGAAGUCUUAUAUAUUUGCUUUGUUAUUAAAACAAGUUGAAAAUAAAUAACAUAAGGUAUUAUUUAUUCAAAUAUAUAUAAAUAUUGCUCUAUAUAUUAAUACAGUUUGUUGGUGACGUACUGUUUUAUAUAUUCCAUUUUUACAAAAUUUCGCUGUAUAUUAAAUAUUAUCAAAUGGAUCAAAGUCAUUAUUUCGAUCAGUAGGAAGUGGUGGGAGUCAGUAGCUACUACAGUCUUCUUUCUUGCUUUCUAUAUUCAUGAAGAUCUUUUCUAUACUGAAAAAAAGAAGAAAUCUAGAAACUAUUUCUAGAAAUUUUUAAUGCUUAUUUCAUAUUUUUCCGACUAGAAGAUAAUGUUGUAGAUCAUUUUCUACUGAAGAUAAUUCUCCAUAAAGGGUGUUUCAUAAUAACUGACGAUAGAUUGUUAAUGAUAUUUUUCAUACCUUUUCUUGACAUAGAGUGCUGAAAUUUUUAUAACAUAUAUAUCUAAUCAAGAUCUUGUAUACCUGAAAGUUUCAGCUUUCUAGCUAAACCUAGUAGUGAAAUACAGCGACAAGAUUGAAAUAUAUAAAUUUUCGUACUCGAUUUUUGCAAGAUUUUGACUGUGAAAAUCUUGCAUGGUAGUUUCAUGGGUAGUCGACC